AUGACGACCCACGUCCUGAAGCCUCCAAAACUUCGGAGAUACCACAUCCUGGAGAGCAUCAGCUCCAAGACCUUCAUCCCUCGAGAAUAUCAGGUGGAGCUUCUGGACUGCGCCAGGCGGCGCAACACGGUGGUGUGCCUGGGCACGGGCACGGGAAAGACCUUCGUGGCCGUGAUGCUCAUCAAGGAGCUCUCCCACCAGACGCGCCUCCCCACCGCCCAGGGCGGCAAGAGGACGGCAUUCCUCGUGCCCACAGUGCCUCUGCUCCAUCAACAGGCCAAGUUCGUCUCAGACUGCACAGACCUGAGCGUGGGUCGCCACUUCGGCGGCGAGGCGGGCGAGCGGGACCGGGAGGCGUGGGCGGCCGAGAUCGAGCGCUGCCAGGUCCUGGUCGCCACGCCCGACGUCUUCCGCGGGCUCCUGCAGCACGGCCUCGCUCCCCUCUCCGCCUUCAACCUGGUCGUGUUCGACGAGUGCCACCGGGCGGUGGGGGCGCACCCCUACGCCCGCAUCAUGCGCUUCUUCGACGCAUGCGCGCCGGCGGACCGGCCGCGCGUCCUGGGGCUGAGCGCGCCCCUGGUGGACGGCGGGUGCCGCCCCGAGGAGAUGGAGCGGCGGAUACGACGGCUGGAGGCGACCUUGAGGGCGUCCGUGCAGACGGCCAGCGAGUUGACGGCGCUGGGCAAGUACGGGUCGAGGCCGAGGGAGUGCCUGGCGGAGUACGGGCCGCCGCCCGACGACGGGGGCGCCACGCUGGACGCCCUGGCCCGCCUAGACGCCGCCCUGGCCUUCCUGGACUGCGUGGACCUGGGGGCGGAGGCGGAGGCCAUCCCGCCCCACCCCUGCCGGAGGCCAAGGAGGUACCUGAUCGAGAUGGCCCACGUGGUGGGCUCGCUGGGCCCGUGGUGCGCGGCCCGGGCCGCCCGCCUCUUCGUCGGGGAGAUCGACUCCGUCCUGCCCGGGGCGCCCACCGCCCUGCACGUCCGCCUGCUGGUGCUGGCCCGGACGGCGCUGGCGACGGUGGAGGCGCUGUGCCGGAGGAGCGAGGCGGAGGACGUCGUGGAGGCGGCGCCGCCCAAACUGAAGGAGCUGCUCAAGAUCCUGGAGCGCUACAGGCCGCCUAAAGCAGACGACGGCGAAGGAGACGGAGGAGGUCGGCAGGCCGAGUGUCCUCCCCAGGGCGGUGACCUCCCUCCGAGCAAGGCAGACCCCAAGACCGCCCGAGGUCCCCGCAGGUCCGAGCGGCGCGCCAAGUUCGGCGGCCUCAGCGACGACGGCCGGGCGCUGUGCGGCCUGGUGUUCGUGCGCAGGCGCGUGACGGCGCGCCUGCUGAGCGAGUGGCUGCGCGCGUGCGCCGCGGCCCGGCCCGAGGCGGCGGGCUUCCUCUCCCCGGGCUACAUCGUGGGCGGGGGCGGCCCCGACGCCCCCCGCCAGGAGGAGGUGCUGCAGCGCUUCCGCACCAGGGGCCUCAACGUGGUGGUGGCCACCGCGGUGGUGGAGGAGGGCAUGGACGUGCCCAAGUGCAACCUGGUGGUGCGCUUCGACCCGCCCGAGAGCUUCCGCGCCUACGUGCAGUCCAAGGGCCGGGCGAGGGUCAACGACUCGCUCUACGUCAUGAUGGUGAGGGCGCGCGACCGGGAGGCCUUCGCCGAGACGCUCUGCGGAUACAAGGCCAUGGAGGAGCUGCUGCUGUCGAGGUGCCACGAGGCGGACCGCGACAUGGAAGAGCCGGUGGAGCCGGACGUGGACGACCUGCUGCCCCCCUAUGCCCCGGGGGGCGAGGGGGACGGGAAGGCCAGGGUCACCCUCUCCUCUGCCAUUGCCCUCGUCAACAGGUACUGUGCGAAGCUGCCGAGCGACACCUUUACCAGGCUCACCCCCAAGUGGAAAAUAAAGGAGGAGUUGUCUGAGGGGGGCACCCCCUCUUUCCAGUGCAUCCUGAGGCUCCCCAUCAAUGCCCCCGUCAAGAAACCUAUAAUGGGUCCUUGGAUGAAGAAGAAGCAACUGGCCAAAAUGGCGGCCGCGCUGAAGACAUGUGAAGAGUUACAUAAGGCAGGCGAGCUGGACGACAACCUGCUGCCGACGGGCAAGGAGGCGGUCCGGGCGGAAGACCGGGAGGACGCCUCCGACGAGGAGGCCAGGAAGGAGGAGAGGGGACCCGCGCGCCCAGGCACCACCAAGAGGAGGCUCUACUACUUCAAGAAGGUGGCCGACGCCCUCCGUGACGCGCGGCCCUCCCCCGGACAGCCCUGCCACCUGUACGUGCUGGACAUGCGCCUGACGUGCCCCAUCCCGGAGGAGCAGAACACGCGGGGACGGAAGAUACACGACCCCUCCCGCACCCCCAGGAGCUUCGGCAUCCUGGCGCGCAGGCCCAUCCCGCCGGUGUGCAGCUUUCCCGUGUUCACUCGUUCGGGCGAGGUGACGGUGAGCGUGCGGCCCGCACUCGGGCCGCCCCUGGAGCUGGACCAAGAGCAGCUGGAGUGCCUCUCGUACUUCCACCGCUACACGUUCGGGGAGGUGCUGCGCCUGGAGAAGUACCCCAUGACCUACCGGCCGGAGGAGGCCGAGGCCUCCCACUACGUCGUUCCCGUCACCCAGGACCCGGACGGCGAGGACUGCGCCAUCGACUGGGCCUUCGCCGAGUCGAUCCUGCGCCAGAGGGACAGGCGUCCGGGGAAGACGUCGGACGAGGAGCGGCGUCGCUUCCGGUUCCGGACCGAGGAGUACCGCGACGCCGUGGUGAUGCCGUGGUACCGCAACCUGGACAAGCCGCAGUUCUUCUACGUGGCCGAGAUCUGCGGCGAGCUGACGCCGGCCAGCGACUUCCCCGACACCGAGUACGCCUCCUUCGAGGAGUACUACCUCAAGAAGUACGACAUCGCGAUCGUGAACCGCGACCAGCCGCUGCUCGACGUCGACCACACCUCGGCGCGGCUCAACCUGCUGACGCCGCGCUACGUGAACCGGAAGGGCGUCACGCUGCCCACCAGCAGCGAGCACACCAAGCGCACCAAGAGGGAGAACCUGCAGCAGAAGCAGAUCCUGGUGCCGGAGCUGUGCGCCGUGCACCCCUUCCCGGCGUACCUCUGGCGCAAGGCCGUCUGCCUGCCCUGCAUCCUGUACCGGCUCAACGCGCUGCUGCUUGCCGAGCAACUGCGGCUGCAGGUGGCCGACGCCAUCCACGUCGGGAUGCGGACCCUACCGGCAGACUUCCGUUGGCCGCCGCUGGACUUCGGCUGGACCCUGGCAGACAUCCUCGGAUCCGGGCCGGCGACCGGGGAGAAGAAGCGGCGGCGGCCGGAUCCGGCACCCGUGCGGAACGGACGCGCGGUGACGAACGGCGAGACGCACGACAGCAAGUGCGAGGACACGAACGGCGUCAUGGACUUCGAGAUCGACGUGUUCGACCCGAGCAAGCUGGACAUCCCGGACGACGACGCCCUGCUGGAACGGGAGCUCGAGGAGAUCAACUUCGGCGCGGACGGCUCCCCGUUCGACCUCGGCGGGAGCUUUCCGAUCGGCAACGGGCUCCCGCCCUUCCCCCUCUGGCGUCCCCCCGCGGACGGGGACGGGUCCCGCGUCCGCUACGGGUCCCCCAGCAACUUCGAGGGGUCCGGCUGGGACUCGGAGUGGGACGUGGACGAGGACGAAACGUCCUUCCGCUCCGUCAACUUCCACGGGCUGGACUACAUCUCCGCUCCCGGACUCAUCGACAUGGAGAGCCUCUCCAACGACCUGGCGUCCUGUCGGGACGACGACCUGUGGGACAGCAUGGACGACGACUCUGCGACGAGCGACGACGAGGAGGCGCCGGACGUCCCGCACAAGCCGUUCCCCGUCUCCGAGCCGGCCGUCGACCGGACGCUUUCCGACGCACGCGAAGAGGCGUGCGAAUCCACCUGGCUGACUUGCCCUUCCAUGACGAACGAUCGCUCGACGGAGUCCGACUCGGCGGAGGAGGAGUCGGAUCCGGAAAUCGUCGCGACGGUGGAAGAGAUAAAGCGGAAAGAGAGGCAAAAGAUAGACUUCCUGUAUCCGGACGGGACGUGCGGCGAGGCGGGGGACGGUUCGAAGAUCGACGAGAUGCUUCGCAUCGUGGCGAAGAGCGAGGAAGAGCUCCUGUCGGAAGCGCGUCCGCCCGACGCGGACGGGGAACCGGACGCGACGAGUCCCAAGGCGGCUCCCCUCGACCAUCCGGGCGAGGCCGUGCUGGCGUUCGGAGAGCUGCUGCCCAACAGGGAGCGCCACCUGCCGCUCGACGACAACCUGCGGCGCGUCGCGUUCGACGCCGACCCGGACCUCUCGCUUCAUCCGGGGCCCGGGCCCGGCGUCAUCCUGCAGGCGCUGACCAUGUCCAACGCCAACGACGGCAUCAACCUGGAGCGCCUGGAGACGGUGGGCGACUCCUUCCUCAAGUACGCCAUCACGGUGCACCUCUUCUGCGCGCACCCCGACAUCCACGAGGGCAAGCUCUCCUACCUGCGCAGCAAGCAGAUCAGCAACUUCAACCUGUUCCGGCUGGGGCGGCGCAAGGGGCUGGGCGAGUCCAUGGUCGCCUCCAAGUUCGAGCCCUACGACAACUGGCUGCCGCCCGGGUACGUCGUGCCCCGGGGCCUGGAGGAGGCGCUCAUCGCCUCGGGCGGCGUCUGGGACCUGGGCCGCCUGGACGACCUGACGCGCAUGAGCGAGGAGGAGGUGCGCAGGAGCGUGGAGGGGCGGCCCCCGCCCGACCCCCGCGCCCUGGUGCCCUACAACCUGCUCACGCAGCACAGCAUCCCGGACAAGAGCAUCGCCGACUGCGUGGAGGCGCUCAUCGGCGCCUACCUGGUGUCCUGCGGCUCCCGGGGAGCCCUCCUCUUCAUGUCCUGGCUGGGGCUGCGGGUGCUGCCGGUCGAGGCGGACGGCUCCUACGGGCGCCCGCGCCCCCCGCCGCCCCCCUCCCUGGCCGGCUCGGAGGCCAAGCUGGAGCGCCUCCUGGCCGGGUACUCCGCCUUCGAGCGCAAGAUCGGGUACUCCUUCCGGGACAAGUCCAUCCUGCUGCAGGCGUUCACCCACGCCUCGUACCACUACAACACGCUGACGGACUGCUACCAGCGCCUGGAGUUCCUGGGCGACGCCGUGCUGGACUACCUGAUCACGCGGCACCUGUACGAGGACGCCAAGCGGCACUCUCCCGGCACGCUGACAGACCUGCGCUCGGCCCUCGUCAACAACACGUUCUUCGCCUCGCUGGCCGUCAAGUACGACUUCCACAAGUUCUUCAAGGCCAUCUCGCCGGGCCUCUUCGCCGUCGUCAACAAGUUCGUGCUGCUCAAGGAGCACAACCCCAACAUGGAGGACUACCUGCAAGCCUACUACAUCGAAGAGGAGGAGUGUGAAGAGAUGGAGGAUGUGGAAGUGCCCAAGGCUCUGGGUGACAUCUUCGAGUCUGUCGCCGGCGCCAUCUACCUGGACAGUGGGAUGUCUCUGGACACCGUAUGGAGGGUCUACUACACCAUGAUGAAGCCCGAGAUAGAGUACUUCAGUGACCACGUUCCUAAAUCUCCCAUCCGAGAGUUGCUGGAGUUGGAGCCCCAGACAGCCAAAUUCGAGCGGGCCGAGAUGACGGUGAGCGGCAAGGUGCGCGUGUGCGUGGACGUGUUCGGCAAGGGCCAGUUCGUGGGCGUGGGACGCAACAAGCGCAUCGCCAAGUGCACCGCCGCCAAGCACGCGCUGCGGGAGCUCAAGAGGGCCAAGAAGCUGUGACC